CAUCGCGCGCCUCGUAUCUUCGAUGCGGGUCUCACACGGCGGCCAUUUUGUAGAAACAAACCCAACUCGAGAAACGGCACAAAACAAGUCCUAUUCGAGCGGGAUCAGCUCUAAAGUUGCCAGAAAUGGCGACUAGAAGAGUAGGACAGUUGGUUCAACGAACUACAGCAACCACAAGCCGUGAGCCUGAAGAUAACCCAGACAUAGAGGAAGCGGAGGGCUACGAGAGCGAUGAAACUGGCGACAAGAAAGAAGUCAGGCUUACUCUAAUGGAGGAGGUGUUAUUACUUGGAUUAAAAGAUCGGGAGGGAUAUACUUCGUUCUGGAAUGACUGUAUCUCAUCUGGUCUCCGAGGUUGUAUGGUGAUCGAGCUUGGCCUACGAGGUCGUAUAGAACUAGAGAAAACCGGGAUGCGAAGGAGAAGUCUACUUAACAGAAAGGUUGUAUGCAAAAGUGAUAAUCCCACGGGAGACGUGCUGUUAGAUGAAGCUUUGAGGCAUAUGAAAGAGUCGGAUCCCCCAGACACUGUCCAAAACUGGAUAGAAUUGCUCAGUGGAGAGACAUGGAAUCCCCUGAAACUGCGAUAUCAACUAAGAAACGUCCGUGAACGUCUAGCCAAAAACUUGGUUGAGAAGGGCAUCCUUACGACAGAGAAACAGAACUUCCUUCUCUUUGACAUGACAACACAUCCAGUGGUAGACUCCACAAUGAAACAGAAAGUUGUCCGCAAAGUUCAAGAUGCAGUCUUAUCUAAAUGGGUCAACGACACCCAACGAAUCGACAAGCGCACACUCUCCUUGAUAUACCUUGCACACUCAUCUGAUGUAUUAGAAAAUGCAUUCGCUCCAUUAUCUGAUGAUGAUUAUGAACUUGCUAUGAAAAGGGUAAGAGAACUUUUGGAUGUUGAUCCGGAAAUCGAGGCCCAGAAACCUGGCACUAAUGAAGUAAUGUGGUGUGUGGUAGCAGCAUUUAUUAAGUAGGUAAUGAUUCAUUUUAAUUGAAAAUUUGGACUCUUAAUUAGAUUUAAAGUACCCUCUCUGGGAUAGAGGUUGUACCAACAUCUUUCAUGAAGCAUCUUGUCAGCUUAUCACAGCUUUGAAGAGGAAAUCAUUUUCUUGCAUUUAGAGCAUUGUUUGCAAGAAUUGCUAGACAAGGGAAUUAGUAAUCAAAGAAAAUAAAAAAGUUGUCAGCUGUCCUGACUAAAUUCAGCUUAUUGACUUGCUUCCCUAUAAUCUUCAACAUCGAAACAGUAGAAGUCACUUGAAAUAUAUGCAACCUAACAUAAGAGUAUCAGAAGAAACCUUGUCAGCCACUGUUUUCAUUCAAUAUUGCAUUGCAAAUUAUGUGAAUAAAGCUCAAAAGUUUAUACUUCAUAAACUAAUUGAAUAAAAACUACCACAACCUUUGAGGUCUAUCCUUGCUUUGAUUAUUUUCUGUGAAUAUUUCAAAUGUGCAGAUAGUUCCAAGUUUAUGCAGUGAAAUGUGGAUCAGUUUUAGUCUACCAUUAAAAACGUCGUAAGUGUGGUUAGAAAAAGUCAUUUAUGUCACUAGGAAAGAUUGCCUGUUUAAAUCUUUAUGACACAUCACAAAUUAUUUCAAUAAUCGAAAGAUGUUUAUGCUUAAAUAUUUUUUUUGUCUCCUUCCAUUACUUUUACACAAUGUGGAUGUUAUUUUGCCUUUGUUAAGAUUCUCUAAGUCUUGAUACAACUCUGCUAAGAAUGUUACCAUGGCAUCAGUAUACAACUGUCAAGAAUGAUACUUUAAAUGUUAGCCCUAUUUAAAAAAUAACAUAAUAUUUGACAUAAUGUUAUUAUUAAAGGGUAACUGAAGUCUGUACUGUACUUACAUAUAUAUAAUCUUAUUGGUUUUCACAGUUAUUUUCCCAUUUUUGAAAAGGUCUGGUGGUAAGGGUCUUUAAAUAAGACUUUAAAACAAAGAACAGAAGACAUUAGUUCAAUGUGGGAAGAGGGAAGGGUUGGCUUCAUGACAAGGACAUUGAUGUGAAAUUUGUGAUAGUUGUGCACCUUGUGAUAGCAGGGGUUUCAUUAAGUUUCAGAGUAGGCGGUGGAGAUUAAUAAGUAGUGGGUGGGAGUUAUUUCAUGUAUUAGUUCAACUAAAACUACAAACUUUUAAAAAAAAGUAGCCAGCCGCCGGGGCCUAAUGGAACCCCUGAAUAGUGUUAUUUAGUCUUUGCAAUUGUUUUGUAAAUGAAUAUCAAUAAAUUUCACAUUUAA